GUAAUAUAUCUUCGAUGGGAGUAGUGAUGCACCCGCCUAUAUUUUUUUAUUACUGUUCUUCAUUCAUAAAAUGAAAUCAAUACAACUUUAGUACUAGUGGUUGUGGGCAUUCAUAGCCGACCGCUCAGACGAGUUCCAGCUAGUCAUUUUUUUCUGUUCUGAGCUUUAAAGAUACUGAUCAUGAAUAGGAGAUUUAAUGUGUAAUGUAAAACAUUUCCGUAAUUCAAAGAACAGCACGCACAUCCUUUUCAUUUAGCCACACCCUUCGAGCUAUGACGCCAACCAAUUAACAUCCUUUCUCUUCAGUGUAAACGGAAGUAAACCAUGACCAAUAACUAUUUCCACGUUAGCGUUUUUCUUGUUGUUAUUUAGACGUUUAUUAACACCAUGGAAUUCAAAAUAUGACUAAUUGAUCUGCACAGCAUCACAUACUUACCCCAUGUAGUAUUUAAUUUGCGUUGGAGACAGGACUUGGUUGAUAGAUAGUAUAUAGGUGACGCUAGCUAGCUGCUAAGGUUAGCUAUGGCUAACUGUAUGGUUUUUCACACUCAAAUAGCCUCCAUCAUGGAGGUGCUAGCGAAUGCAGCCGUGGCAGAGAUCUGUAAACUCGUAGACGACGACUAUGCAGUGUUUCGUUUGGAAAUAACUCAAAGCCAGAAAGAAAACAGGGCAUUGCGGAGGAAAUUACAGCUACAAGAACUGAAGGUGGCACGGGAGCGCGUCCUCGCCAGUCGUCCCAGUAGUGUCAAGCUCGUCGACCGAUACAGAGGAAUGGCAAGAGGUGAAGGAAAUCUCACUGGAGGCCACAGGAGCUUUGUGAAGCCAGCGAGACACAAUACAUGGAGAGAUGACCAACCAAUCAAUGUUGAUGAGGGGAGUGGAACCUCAGCCCAGAACGUUAUUGUGAUAGAGUCUGCAGAUACAGAGGCUGCAGGUCCUGGAGUCAAGCAGGAGAGGUCUGAAGGAGAGGAGGAUCCACAACACAGCAGCGACAUCCAGACUGGAGCGCCCCAUGUAGUCACAGAGGACCCCACCACCACCCCAGCGCAGCCCAGGGACAUCAGUAGGACGCCGAACGCCGUCAUCAAGUCUGAGACAGAGACUUUAACGAUGCUGAGGAGACUGGGCUGUCCUCCUACUCCCCGCUCAGAGUAUUUACUUUACGGUAACCGGAGCCAUAGGACGGUUCUGUCCCAUCGGGAUUCAGGUGAAGCGUUACAGACUGGCAAUGAUCCGACCUGUUCAUACGCUACAGAGACAGAGAUGAUACCUGGUGACGUGCCUGUGGGCUUAGAUACUAAUCCAGUAAGAGGGGACUGGAACCAGUACAGUAGUAGUGUAUACUCUGAAGGGUUCCUAGAUAAGAAAGGGGAUGGUCUGGUUGUAGAUGAGGUGACUGUGAAAGAGGAGGGUGACGAUCCUCUGACAUGGAAUGCAGACCAGACUCACUUAGGAGAAGGACAGUCGCAGGGCAACACUAGUGACUUCUUAGACUACAGGGAAAGUUUAGAGCCAAAUCCAAAUAUCGCAACCCACUCCCCUUUACACGCGCUCAGGGACCGCGACCCAGUGUCCACGUCGAUGGCACCUUCCGAUUCACACGGCCGCAUCCUUUUCGAUCAAGUAUUGAACUCAAACGACAAGGCUAGAGUCCAGGCUGGGGAAGGGGGAGCAACAUCAGGCGGUACUAAAGAGAAACGGUUCUUCUGCAUGUUCUGUAACAAAGGCUUCAACUGCCCCCAGAAGGUGGAGAUCCACCAGAGGGUCCACGUAGGGGUGAAACCCUUCAGCUGUAGUCAGUGUCAAAUGCGCUUCUCCCAGGCUUGGAACCUGAAGAUCCACCAGAGGGUCCACACAGGGGAGAAACCCUACAGCUGUAGCCAGUGUCACAUGAGCUUUGCCCAGACUUGCAACCUGAAGAGGCACCAAAGGGUCCACACAGGGGAGAAACCCUACAGCUGCCCCCAGUGUGAGAAGAGGUUCUCCCACCAGCACCAGCUGAAGAUGCACCUAAAGGUCCACACGGGAGAGAGGGCCCAGUAUUACCCCCAGACUAGCGGUCACGAGUCAUGACCUCAGUUUAAUCCCACCACGGUAACUUGGCUACUCCAAAACUGGGCUCUGUAAAUGAAUGGCGCUGAUGGGCGUUAUUUGCCUGCCAAACUUGCUAACUGCCUUCAAUUCGCUAAUAACCUGAUACUCAGCGCUCUAGUUAAUAUUAUAAAGUGUUGCAUUCUGAAAAUGUAGGUGUAUUGACAAUGACAUUCAAUUUCAAGUUCCACAUUUUUAUAUUUAAAUAGACUCGCUGCUAUUCUCCGAAACAUCUCAUCCAUCCUCCAAACCACACUCUCUCUCUCUCUGGACUCUGAGUGAAUGGGAGAGGAGAGUGAAAUGCAAAUCAAAUUGCAAUUGCGGAAAAAUGACAGUUUUAAAAGCAAAUAGGCCCACUGUUGUGACUGUUGGAGAGAUGAGGGUCUCAGCUUUCCGUAGGUAUUACAUUUAUUUCUCAACUCUCAAUAUGAACUGCUGGAUCACUGUUUUUUAACCAAACUAUCUGGUAGGCUAUGGCUUUGAAAUAUAGGUUAUACGGAAUGGUGCGCCUGAAGCGCACAUCUGCCAUUUGCAGUGAUUGAGUAAGCCUAUAGACAUCAUUGGGUAUGCUGCAAAGUUUAAGACAUUACAUUAACUGUUAGAUUAAUGUUAGAUUAGCUUGGUGACCCAAGCUAUAUGCUUCUGAGCGCCAAACCUACCAAGUUGAUUUAUGCGCUAUAGAAGGUUUUAAUUAUAUGCCUAGGCUUUUCUUAGUUUAUUUUUAAUUUGACAGUUUAUAAUGUUAAAUAUUAUCCAUUGAAUUGGGAGCCACUGCCAGUAAUACCCACAUUAAUUUAUAACUGUCACUUUAGUGUUAGUUUCUUUCAAUUUGUAGCCUACGUUUCACAUCCUUCCAUUGCCAUUCUAUUUACCUUUCUUUCCUCUGUCACGUCCUUGUAAAUGGUUCCAGAGAGUCACUAGCAUUAGUGGCUCAUAUUAGGCUUACGUUCUGCAAUCAUUUGGAUCAUGUAGACUAUUUUAAAUCAUUAUGGAACUUAGACCACACUUAGACCACACUUAGCAGUUUAAAUCUGGAGCCUGGUUCAUGAUUACUGGACCAGUCAUUAGCCUACAAUUCCAUGAUUAGUGAGGGAUAAUGUAUUUCUAGUAAUAUUCUUGAACCCCUAUUGUACAAUUUUCUCACCUUCCAAUACCUCAUUGAUUGAACUUGAAUAUGGCAACUUUCAGGAUCAAUAUUUUGCGUGUAAAGGCUCUCCAAACCUGUUUUUUUGUGAUUCAUAAAUACUUUCCUUACCCUAAAUAAUCUACAAGCUCAGAGUAUUUUUUAAAUCUAACAAUUGGUGCUGAAACGGAGGCGAAUAUGCAUAUAUUUAGAUGGCUUUCUUUCAUUUUUUUUUAUAUUUUUUAAUUUUACCUUUAUUUAACCAGGCAAGUCAGUUAAGAACACAUUCUUAUUUUCAAUGACGGCCUGGGAACAGUGGUUAACUGCCUGUUCAGGGGCAGAACGACAGAUUUGUACCUUGUCAGCUCGGGGGUUUGAACAACGCAACCUUCCGGUUACUAGUCCAACGCUCUAACCACUAGGCUACGCUACCGCCCCACUGAUCCCUAAUAUUCUGAACCCGUUCUGUCGAUAUAUUCUAGUGAGUAUGUUGACAAAGUUCUAACUAAAAAGGUGCCGCGUAUUUAAAGGGAUUGCUUAAAAUACAUGUACUGAAAACCCUGUUGAAUGGAAACUCCACAAGAAAAUCUGUUGGACAGCAAGUGGGGGGGUUUUCAGCGGUUGAAUGAAAUGUAUUUAGAGCAGGCAAGGUAACCGCACCUGCAGAGCACGUUGCGCGACUGAAUAAGGUAACUCUGAAUACCAAAUACGGACAUCGACAGCAUCAUUGCGUUUCGGUACAUCAGAAGUACAUUAAUUUCCAAUGGAAUGCUGUGUUUGCCUUGCAGUUUCGGUGCGUUCUGUAUGGUACAAACCACUGUAUGCAUCAAAUUGUAUGCUAGACUUCACAGAAAUAGUAGGAAAAGGUGAAUGUUGAAUUUUUGAUGCACACAUCCACUAAACAUGUUGGAUUACAUAUUGAAAAAUGUUUUGACUGCAGAAUGUAUUACGCGGCAUUGAUGUAAUUAGCUGUCUGAUUUGAAGCUUCAGAAGUGCAUAUGAAAGUUGUACAUUUCCAAGUCUGAAUCUGCCCCUUUGAGUUUCCACUUCAUCAGAUGGUGAAUUAGCCCAAGUACAUGUGUUAUAUAUUUUAUCAAUAAGAUGUUCCUACUGUUGAUGAGUGCAUCUGUCAUUUCAACUGAACAUUGUGGUUACAUUAAUGAAGAAUGAAAUCAAAUAAAUCGUAUUCAUAAUGAAUGAAUGAUGAGUA